CGAUUAUGGAAAACAAGGCGUCGGAGAGUAGCACAGCACGAAUUUAGCUUAAAAUAUAGUUUUCGCCUAGAUUUGCAGUUUGCAAUUUCGCACGGUGUUUUUAUCUUGUGGUCGUCGUGUAAUAAUUAAUAUCUAAUUAUUGUGUAUGUACAUGUUUGUAUAUUAGCCAAUUACAACCAAUGGCCACCAUAGACGGAAGACCAGCGCAAUAUGGUAUUUCCCUUAAGCAAUUGCGCGAGCUCAUGGAGCAUCGUGGCCGAGAAGGUGUAGCAAAGAUAGGAGAAUUUGGUGGUAUUCACGAACUAUGUAAAAAGCUAUACACAUCACCAAAUGAGGGUCUAAGUGGCUCGAAGGCUGACGAAGAGCACAGGCGGGAGACAUUCGGUUCAAAUAUAAUACCACCAAAGCCACCAAAAACUUUUUUGACACUUGUUUGGGAAGCCCUACAGGAUGUAACCCUUAUUAUUUUAGAGGUUGCUGCCUUAGUAUCGCUUGGCCUAUCAUUUUAUAAGCCAGCCGAUGAAGAUGCGCCUUUACUGCAAGAGGAGGAGGAGCAUCAUGGUUGGAUUGAAGGAUUGGCCAUCCUUAUCUCUGUUAUCGUCGUUGUGAUUGUAACAGCCUUUAAUGAUUACUCCAAGGAGAGGCAAUUCCGUGGUCUUCAAAGUCGCAUCGAAGGCGAGCACAAAUUUUCCGUUAUUAGAGGAGGCGAAGUCUGUCAGAUUUCUGUUGGUGACAUCCUCGUUGGUGACAUAGCUCAGAUUAAAUAUGGAGACCUGUUGCCUGCCGACGGCUGCCUUAUUCAAAGCAAUGACUUAAAGGUUGACGAAUCAUCCUUAACUGGCGAAUCUGAUCAUGUUAAAAAGGGUACUGACGUUGAUCCCAUGGUGCUCUCCGGAACACAUGUUAUGGAAGGUAGCGGAAAAAUGAUCGUCACAGCCGUUGGUGUCAACUCUCAGGCUGGAAUUAUAUUUACACUUCUUGGCGCGGCUGUUGAUGAACAGGAAGCGGAAAUUAAAAAAAUGAAAAAAGAAGCUAAAAAGGCCAUCAAGCAAAAGAGUCUGACAGGUGAGAGUGGAAAAGGGAGUCAACCCCCACCCCAAACUCAACAUCAAGCGGUUCAUAGCGAAGGAACUAAGUCAUCGGAAUCGGAGGGCAAUCAUGUCCCCCAAUCAUCAUCCUCAGCCACAGCAGCUGCGCCCGAAACUGGCCAUAAAAAGGAGAAAUCGGUGCUUCAGGCAAAGCUAACCAAAUUGGCAAUACAAAUCGGUUAUGCUGGAUCUACAAUUGCUGUACUCACAGUUAUUAUACUGAUUAUUCAAUUUUGCUUCAAAACUUUUGUAAUUGAUGAGAAGCCGUGGAAGAAUACGUAUGCUAAUAAUCUGGUGAAGCAUUUAAUAAUUGGUGUUACUGUAUUGGUAGUGGCUGUGCCAGAAGGAUUGCCUCUAGCAGUGACGCUUUCACUAGCUUACUCUGUUAAGAAAAUGAUGAAAGAUAAUAACUUGGUUCGUCAUCUGGAUGCCUGUGAAACGAUGGGCAAUGCCACUGCCAUAUGUUCAGAUAAAACUGGAACUUUAACUACAAAUCGAAUGACUGUCGUUCAAUCGUACAUUUGUGAGAAACUGUGCAAAGUAUUGCCAACUUUAAACGAUAUACCGCAGCAUGUGGGAAAUUUGAUAACAAUGGGAAUAUCUGUGAACUCUGCCUACACUUCCAAUAUUAUGGCAGGCAAAAACCCCGGCGACUUGCCCAUUCAAGUUGGCAACAAAACUGAGUGUGCUCUCUUGGGUUUUGUUCAGGCACUCGGUGUUAAGUAUCAAUCGAUUCGUGAUGAGAUUCCGGAGGAUAAGUUCACCCGCGUUUAUACUUUCAAUUCAGUCCGGAAAAGCAUGGGUACGGUUAUCCCGCGACCCAACGGCGGUUAUCGGUUAUAUACCAAAGGAGCAUCGGAGAUUAUUAUGAAAAAAUGCUCUUUUAUCUAUGGCCACGAGGGAACCCUAGAGAAGUUCACUCGCGAUAUGCAGGAGCGUUUAAUUCGUGAAGUGAUCGAACCUAUGGCAUGUGAUGGCUUGCGCACCAUUUCGGUAGCCUAUCGAGACUUUGUACCGGGCAAAGCGGCCGUAAACGAAGUUCACAUCGAUGGUGAACCCAAUUGGGACGAUGAGGAGAACAUAAUGACAAACCUGACUUGCCUCUGUGUGGUUGGCAUUGAAGAUCCAGUACGUCCCGAGGUCCCUGAUGCCAUCAGGAAGUGCCAAAGAGCCGGCAUUACGGUGCGGAUGGUGACGGGCGAUAAUGUAAAUACGGCACGCUCGAUCGCCAGUAAAUGUGGUAUUUUGCGUCCAAACGAUGAUUUCCUCGUACUCGAAGGGAAGGAAUUUAAUCGCCGGAUAAGAGAUAGCAAUGGAGAUAUUCAACAGCAUUUGAUUGAUAAGGUCUGGCCCAGGUUGCGUGUCUUGGCACGUUCAUCGCCCACGGACAAAUAUACUUUGGUGAAAGGAAUCAUUGACAGCACAGUUAGUGAAAAUCGUGAAGUCGUGGCAGUAACUGGCGAUGGUACAAAUGAUGGACCUGCACUGAAAAAAGCCGAUGUUGGCUUUGCAAUGGGCAUCGCCGGCACCGAUGUAGCCAAAGAAGCCUCCGACAUCAUCCUGACUGAUGACAAUUUCAGCAGCAUUGUCAAGGCUGUUAUGUGGGGUCGUAAUGUGUACGAUUCGAUUGCAAAAUUUCUGCAGUUCCAGUUAACGGUGAAUGUAGUUGCUGUUAUUGUUGCAUUUAUCGGUGCGUGCGCUGUUCAGGAUUCACCACUUAAGGCGGUACAAAUGUUGUGGGUUAAUCUCAUCAUGGAUACAUUAGCCUCUUUGGCCCUUGCCACCGAACUACCAACACCAGAUUUAUUAUUACGCAAGCCUUAUGGUCGCACAAAGCCCUUGAUUUCACGCACAAUGAUGAAGAAUAUAUUGGGUCAGGCUUUGUAUCAGUUGGUCGUCAUAUUUGGCUUGCUUUUUGUGGGUGAUUUAAUACUCGAUAUUGAAUCAGGACGCGGACAAGAACUGAAUGCUGGCCCAACACAACACUUUACUAUUAUCUUUAACACAUUUGUCAUGAUGACAUUGUUCAAUGAGAUAAAUGCCCGAAAAAUUCAUGGUCAGCGAAAUGUUAUUGAAGGACUCUUUACCAAUCCCAUAUUUUAUACGAUCUGGAUAUUCACAAUGAUAUCGCAGGUAUUAAUUAUACAAUAUGGAAAAAUGGCAUUCUCAACUAAGGCUUUGUCGCUGGAUCAAUGGCUAUGGUGUAUAUUCUUUGGCAUUGGUACCCUGGUUUGGGGACAACUUAUAACCUCAGUGCCUACUCGAAAAUUACCUAAAAUAUUAUCAUGGGGGCGUGGACAUCCCGAGGAAUAUACAGAUGCCAUGAAUUUGGGAGAGGAGCGUUUCGAUUCAAUUGAUUCGGAUAAGAAGCCGAGAGCUGGACAGAUUUUAUGGAUUCGUGGCUUAACACGAUUGCAAACUCAAUUGCGUGUGAUUCGCGCUUUUCGCUCGACAUUGGAAGACCUAAACGAACGACGAUCGAUGCACAGCUUGCAUAGCUUACGCAGUCCACGUUCGGGUGGCCUUGGGAGCCAUCCCUUGUACAAUUUUAACCACCUGUUGAGCCCCAAUUACAACAAGCAGCAAUCUCAGCAGCCAAAGUCACCACCGCAUCCGCAACCGCAACUGCAGCCGCUGCCAUCGGAUAUAUCUUACAUUGACGAAGAUCCGCAACAGCAGCCGCAGCAGCGUACAUCGCCGCAGCUCCCCUCUAUUAACGUGUCUGCUCCAAACUCCUCAACCCUGCCAAGCUUUUUAGAAAUUGCUCACAUUUUGAAACAACAACCGCAAAGCCAUUGUAAUAACACUGAAAACGAAACUCAACAACAAACUGCAAAAUAUACCAAUGGACAGAAUGAGACUCGAAUUUAAAAAAAUAAUAUUAACACUUAUAGAGCUGGGAAACAAACAUCGAGGUAUCGAAAUGUUUUCUUAUUAUUUUAGGUUUAUUCUUCUAUAUUAUUAUUCUAUAUUCUAGUUCAGUUAUUAUUGUUUCUUUUAUUAAAUGUAUUCUCUUUAAAUUUUUAUUUUACUUUUUUUUUUUAAGUAUGCCGGUUUUUUAUUUCAUAUUUAUUAACAGAUCAAAUUCAAAAUCUUAAUAAUGAUAGGCAAAAUAUCGCUAUAUCGAUGUUUCUACCAGCUUGAAAUUUACAUUCUUGCUAAAGCGCAAUUGCAUUUUGGAUUUAAACUUAAAUUGUAAUUGACUCCAUAAUUUAAGAAUUCCGUAUAAUACCGAACAAGAGACGACUGAACCAUGACAUUCUGAUAGAACUUGGAAUAUAUCGAUAUAACUAAAAACAGCGAAACAUUUUCCAUCUCUAUUUAAAAAUCCUUAAUAUCCCAAGAGCUCCCAACCGUGGUUUAGUUAAAGCAAUAAUUAAUGCUCCUUGAAAUUAUAAAUUCUUAUAUUCGUAAAACAAAAUUCCAAUCACUUAGCUAAUAAUUACCCGAUUGUACUGGACCUUAUUGAAUACAAUAUUUUCCCGAAAAUGUAUGCACUUUAGUAUUAAAUAAAGCCUAUUUAUGUGAAAUUAAAAAAAAUGUUAAGCAUGCAAUUAUAAUAAUAUUAACUCUUAAUUUAAAAAUAACAAAAAAAAAAAAAAAAUAAUUAAAUGUUGAAAAUGUAUUAUGUAGUAUACAUAUGUUACUAACAAAUAUCCAAUUCUAAUUUUUCUUUUAUUAUCUUUUCUUCAUUUUUGUUUGUUCCUGUGACUAUGAGAAUGACGUAAAAAUAUAAAUAAACCUUCUAAACAA